AUGUCAGGCGAGUUCAACAGGAACGACGUCGAUUUCGACCGUGUUGCGGACCGCAAUGGCUCCCUCGAGCCCGAUAGUCCCGACCUCAGCCAUGCGCCGACCAACGGAGGCUCAACAGUGGGAAGUGUCGACGAUGCGCCCGUACCAGUGCCAGUGCCAGCCUCAGCAUCGGCGGCCAGGGAGACGCCAAAAGCAGUCGACGAUGUAUUGUACAGCGACAUCGGCAUUACCACCCUCCUGAACCGGCUCAAGCAAUCAGUCGCAUCAGCUCGUGACUUUGCCAGCUUCCUGCAGAAGCGGAGCAAGCUGGAAGAGGAGCAGGCCUCUGGGCUCAAGAGGCUAGCCACUGGUCACAUCGAUGCGCUGAAGAAGAUUGAAAUGCGAGGUGGAAGCUAUUCCUCCCAGGUCACAGAGGUGAUGCGGGUGCAUGAGCGCAUGGCCGACAACGGGAUGCAGUUCGCCUUGAGCUUACACCAGAUGCACGAGGAUCUCAAUACUCUGACUACCAAUAUGGAGCGAGGGCGGAAGACGAUCAAGCACGAAGGACUGGAUGCCGAGACUCGAGCAAGUCAGGCUGAGGCCGCGAUGCAGAAGGCCAAAAGCAAAUAUGAUGGCCUAGCUGAUGACUUCGACCGCGCCAAGACUGGAGACACGAAGGGCUCGCGGCGCAUCGGCUUGAAAGGACCGAAGAGCCAGGAGCAGUAUGAGAGUGAUUUGCAACGGAAGCUCCAGGCUGCAGACGCUGACUACGAGGAGCGGGUGCGCCUGGCUAGGACGCAGCGAGAGCUGUUGAUCAGCGAUCAUCGGCCAAAGGCUGUACGACAGCUACGAGAGCUGUGCCGAGAGUGCGAUGCUGCUCUGACACUGCAGCUACAGAAGUUCGCAACAUUCAACGAGAAGUUACUUCUUGGCAAUGGCCUAGCUGUUUCUCCUCUGACGGCCGAGAGUGGUACCCACAAAAGCCUUCGGGACGUCAUUACAGAUAUCGACAACGAAAAGGAUUUCCACAGCUUUGUCGGCAGUCACGUCAACAAGAUACCCGCCCGACCGAGUGAGAUCAAGUAUGAACCACACCAUACUCUGGCGUCCAAAACACAGCAGCCUACGAGCCGAAGUGUAUCCACAAACGCGCCUACUAUACAGCCGCCGGUUCGAGAGCCAACUCUCAACAUCAACACUGGCCCUACAUCGCAGCCUACCUCCAUGAACAGCAGGUACUCCACGCAGCAAGCACCUCCUGGCCCAUUGGUAGCACCCAGUCAAGGCCAAGCAUACAGUCAACCCGAGUACUCGGCGCCAGAGCAACGUAGUUAUGGCCAACCCCCGGCGUCGUAUAGGCAAGCACCAUCUCAGGCACAGCCGCAGCCGUCCUCGCCAUAUCAAAGCCAGUCUUCGCCUAUGCAGCAAGAUAGCUAUGCCGCGCCACCUUACCCUACACACCCAUCUGAACGGACCAACUCCAGCUUCGUGCCACAACAGACCACGGGCAUUGUCUCCUCGCCAUCACCACCACCACUGCAGCAGCAGCAGCAGCAGCAGCCACGAAGCCAGUACACCAAGCCACCUCCAUCGGCAGGCGGCGCAGGUCCCAUGUCACCAGCAGGGGCCAAUCUACCACGCCUCCGUCCAACAUUCGGUAUCAGCCUACAAGAGCUUUUUGAUCGCGAUCAAAGUGCCGUUCCACUAGUAGUCAUUCAGUGUAUACUAGCGGUGGAUCACUUCGGCAUUGAAACAACAGGCAUCUACCGACAAAGUGGGACGUCCAGUCAUGUGCAGAGACUGAUAGGGCAGUUCGAUCAUAAUCCUAAUACCGUGGACUUUCGCAACCCCGCCGCCUUCUACCACGACGUAAACAUCCCAGCCUCGCUACUAAAACACUUCUUCAAACAACUCCCCGACCCGCUCUUCCCCAACAGCAGCUACAACGCCUUCAUAGACGCCGCCCGCCUCGAAGAACAGACUCAACGUCGCGACGGUCUCCACGCUCUCAUCAAUGAGCUUCCGGACCCGAACUACGCCACCCUUCGCGCGUUGGUAUUGCAUCUGCACCGGGUAGCGAUGAACGAGAGCAAGAACCGCAUGGGAUCCGGGAAUCUGGCGGUGUGCUUUGCUCCUUCUUUGAUGGGGACGGGGAGUGGAGGGCAGAUUGCGGAUGCGGGCUUGCAGGCACGGGUGGUGGAUACUAUUCUGAUGAAUGCUACGGCGAUUUUCGAUGAGGAUUAG